UUACUUGACAGCAUAAACUAUGAAGUUUCAGGUUACACUUGCAUUGGUGGCCCUCUCAGCAUGCCACGGUCUUGUCUACCUCGAUGAAACUAAUUACCCGUUAAGAACUGCAGCAUGUCAAUACGUCAUGGAAGACAGCUCCUAUUACACGGGCAAAUGGAUCGCAACCGGCAGAGGAAGAUCUGGGGAUGAGUACCAUUCUUGUUUGACCGAAGAGGAAAACAGCGUCCUCUGUCUUACAUGGAACUAUGUUGAGGACUGCUAUGACUACACAAACGGAGUGAAGUUCGAUACGAAUCAAUUUCACGAAUGUAGCGAAAACGCGUCAGGCCUAUCGCAUUCGUGGUGCUACAGGGCACUUGAAUCCAGGUGGGCUAACUGUAUUUACAGUUACAACCGAAACUCACAGUUCCAUGAACAAUGGGUCAUCGCUCAUUCUUACGACAACGAUGGUACUUACUGCUACGACUAUAACGGGAAGUGCAUUGCUUAUGAUAGCUUCGACGAAUGCCAGGAUACUGCAGAUCAGUUACAAGUUUGGUAUGAGGAAGAUGGUAUCGAUCGUUUAGGAAAACGGUGCACCAGUGUGGAUGAAAGUUCGGGAUGGUGUUAUGCCGCAUUCCUGAUACUAGGAGACGGGAGUAAGGACGGCGAAUGA